GAGCUGUCAAGAAAGGUAACUCUGUUGUCUCCACCGUCACUUCCGGUGGUAGCAGAAACUUGCCACGGCACAGAGAUCGGCAUCGCUCCUUUGAUUUACUUUCUAAAUACAUUCGGAAACGCAAAGUCUUACAGAAAUAUCAACCUCGUAAAAUACUUCUGUUAAAGAGACUGCAGCUACAGAAGUUUUUCAAGGACUCAUUAAAUGAGCCGUUGCUUGGAAAGUCAUGCAAUGUAUGGAGACUUUCGAUCUUAGGUAAAAUUUGAUUUGUUCUACUGCAAGCAGUGUGCACGUAGUAGUUCAUCUCCAGGUAAUGGCAGGCUAUGGAACAGACACUCUUCCAGGCCGGGUAAUAUACCCAUCAUCAAGGCUUGCCCUGUAUUCAGCUGUUUUAGUAGUAUCAAAGAUACUAAGGGCAGCUGGACUUUUCAUCGCUUAUGACCUCUUAAAACUCAUCCCCAUUGUUCUCUUCCUUUUUUUCCUUAAGUUAGGUUCUGCUGUAAUUAUUGUAUUCCUGCAAAAGCCUUUUACCAGUGGCCGCAGACUUACAAAGAAUCAGUGGUUUCGUGUGGGCCGUCAUGCUUUGUUUGGGAGUCUAAUCAGCUUUUUGUGGCUGUUUGGUCUUACUUUGUGUGGUCCCCUCAGAACAAUUCUCCUGUUUGAACAUAGUGACCUGGUUAUUAUUGCUGGUGCUUCAGCUUUGUUUCAUGGUACUGGGGGUCCAGCAAAAACAAGAGGAGCAGUGUUUUUUCUUGUCGCUGUUAUUGUGCUACUUCUCUUUGACCAUGAUGAGAAGGUGGGGCUCAUGACAGAAAGUGAAGUUGAACAUAUUCAUCAUACAUUUGUGUCUCACAUCUUCAAUCAUGCUGUGGACUUUGUUGGCUGGUCUGACCACAAAGGUGGGGUGGUCUUGUUGUUCAUCACCUUGUGUCUACAUGUGGGAUACAACAGUGCCUCUAAGAAACUUUCUGUGGAGGUAGGUGGGGCCAAGCGGCUACAUGCCUUCUCAUCACUUGUGUCAGCUCUUUUGCUGUGGCCUUGGGCAGGGUUCACAUAUCUUACAACAGAGACAGAAGUUCACUCCUGGUUGAAUACUAUUAUCCCACUUCUUAUUGUUAUACUCACUGUCUGCAUCAUUGACUACUACAUUGAGAAUGUUGCCAUCAGUCAUCUGCAAGGGGCGCGUGUUGCAUUCUAUUCAUCCGUUGCCAUGUUUGGGGGAGCUAUCUUCUUCAGCUAUACAUGGAACCAUCCUUAUGUGACCAAGGCUACAACAUUACAUAAAAUUAAAGACAUUGUUACAGAAGACCAUGUGCUGUCUGGUGGUGUCAUAUUUAGUGUUUUGAUCUUUAUUUUAGCUGCUCGAAUGUUGUUGUCUGCUGGAAGAGCUGCUAAAGGAAGUUUCAUAGGGUACUCUCCAGCAGGAAUCCCACUCUACUCAUUUUCAAGUGAUGCAUUUCACAAGACAUCCCACUCCUUAAUGCUAGUGCUGAGAAAUGGUCUUCGUCAAAUUCUUGAGGAAUCAGACUCCCGCAAGAUAUUUUACUUCUUGUGCGUUAACUUGGGCUUCACAUUUGUAGAAUUGUUGUAUGGAGCAUGGACCAACAGCCUGGGCCUCAUCUCUGAUGGAUUCCACAUGAUGUUUGACUGCUCUGCCUUGGUCAUGGGCCUUUAUGCUGCAGUUAUGUCAAGAUGGAAAGCCACCCGUCUUUUCUCAUUUGGGUAUGACCGAGUUGAAGUUUUGUCUGGUUUUAUCAAUGGUCUCUUCCUCAUCGUCGUUGGUAUCUUUGUCUUCACUGAAGCCCUUACUCGUCUUUUUGAGCCACCAGAAGUGAAGACAGAAAGACUUCUAACAGUGUCAGCCUUGGGGCUUAUCGUCAACCUGUUUGGCAUCUUUGCUUUCCAAAGCUCAGUGUCCCACCAUGGGCACUCACAUGGUGGUGGAUCUUCUCAUGGCCACUCUCACAGCAUAUCUCAUGGCCACUCUCACAACACAUCUCAUGGACAUUCCCAUGGUUCCUCCCAUGGACAUUCUCCUCAUGGGCAUUCUCAUGGGACCCAUGGUGAUACUUGUCAGCAGGCAAGCAGCUUUCAUGGGCACGACCAGCCUAUCCACAACACCAACAUGGAAGGAGUCUUUCUGCAUGUGUUGGCAGACACGAUGGGUAGUGUAGGUGUCAUCGUCUCUUCGCUGUUGAUUGAAAACUUUGGCUGGAACAUUGCCGAUCCCAUCUGCUCACUCUUCAUUGCCACCCUUAUUCUGUUGAGUGUCAUUCCACUGCUGAAGGAGACAACUGCCAUAUUACUCUUGAGGACUCCAACAGGCAUGGAUACAGUUCUCGAAGAAGCCUUCCAAAAGAUUUUAGCUGUAGAUGGAGUAUUGUCAUAUCGGGACCCUCAUAUAUGGAAUCACACAUCUACCAAGGUCAUGGCCACUCUUCAUGUUCAGAUCUCUUCGUCUGCUGUGGAGCAGCGUGUUAUUUCACAGAUCUCUUCAGUGUUCAAGGAGGCUGGUGUACAUACUUUGACAGUGCAAGCAGAAAAAGACUCAUUUUUCCACAUGUCUGGCCUGGGAGCUGUCAUGGACCAAACAGCACCUGUCUCAUUCAGUUUAACCAAAGUAACUCUAACAGAACCUGCUAGCGUGAUUUAGAUGCCAAGAUCUUUAUUUGACUGGGAAGUCUGUCUUGUAGACUUGCAUUUGGUAUAAGCAUGACCCAGAAGCAUUAGAACACGAUGUCAGUUCUGAAAUAUGAGAGCUGCCUGUUGGAAAUACUGUGUAUUGUGGGAUUUUAUGCACAAAUGCAUACCUUUGGAUGUGGGCCUUAUGCUGGACUGGCUUGUCAUUGCUGUGUCGACCAUCAUGUAUUGAAAGAAACGGGACUCCGCUACCUCAGUUGAAAUGGAUUGAGUGUAAUUGAACAUAAUGUGCUGACACAGACUUGUUUUUAGUUUUAUUGCCAUAGAGAAGAGUGGUGAUACCUACCAAACUGAACUGGCACAUAUGGGGAAGUGGGUAAUGAUUUUUGUUUGGUCUUGCACUUGUUUGUGCUGUCCUGUGCUCAGCCCAUCUGUUGGAUAAGAGGUGACAGGAAUUUUUUCCAGCCUCUCAUUGCUUCCUUGAUCUGUUGAACAUGCCAGAGACACAGGGUUCUAAAUAGUGCAUUUUGUGAGGGUUCAGGCUGCACAUCCCACAAAACAGGCAGUGUAUGUCAUUUAAUUGUCUUGAAAGUUGUGUGCAUUGAGUUGAAAGUGAGGGAGCAUGUGGGAAGUGAGGAUAUGUAGAUGCUUAUCCUGCAUUAUGGCUUUUGUCACUGUAAUCUAUCUGUGCAUUGUUUCAUGCUGAUGUUUGAGUGAUAAUGCAGAAGACACUAAGAUUGUGAUCACUGUAAACUGAAGCAUAACAGGAGGCUGGUUUGUGCUGCAUGCUUCUGUGAUUUUUUAAUUCUUUUUAAAAAUGAAAUUCUUAUACAAGCCUAGAAAUCAGAGUUCAAAGGGAGAGAAAAAAAAAAAAGAAAAACAUUGAUAAUGCAUCUGUGCAAGAAUAGAUUCAAAGUGAUAGGUGGCUGUCACACAGCUAAAGUUGUUUCACCCCGUUUAGAGCAUGAAGUUCAAAGCAGUGUUCUUAACACAGUUGCUGUUUGGAGUUGUACAUACUGCCAACAGAAAUGUCAACUGCGUGGUGAUAGAUAUUAAGUCUUUUGUAUCACAGAUAACUGAAAUAUUUUGUGUGAAUGUGAUAUCCACAUACCUUUGUGUGUGUGUGUGGAUUUAACAAAAAUUUGAGUGCUUCAAUUGAUUUAUGCAUGCAAGGAUCACUUUAUGUAUUAUUUGAUUUCAUGACCCAUUUGUCACACUCAAAUUUGAUAAUAAAGACCAGAUGAUUUAUAUUUGAAAAAUAAAAUAAUUUGAUUUGUAAUUAAAGGCUGAAGGUGAAA